AUGGUGCGCCAAGCCGUGUCGUUCCUCCUGUCGAGGACGUUCAACGAGCGCUUCGCCUAUGCCUUUGUCGCCGUGGCCCUCAUCGCCUCCAAGGUCAUUCACAUUGUCGCCCACGAGCGCGGUCUCCCGCGGCGGCACCUCGCACUCUGGGCCUUUUCCUUUGUGACGCAGGACCUCGUCCUGCUGCUCCUCGUCCGCUACGCCCUCGAUCGAUCCAACCACAGCGGCCACAGCCACAACAGCAGAAAGAAGAAGGGCAGUAGUAAUGGGCACCGCGUCGUCCUCAGGCUGGGCACACUGGCCGUCAUGGUCUACUCCGCCGUCGUGUCUGUUGUCAACGUUGCCUUUUUCGCCUACACACGGUCCGAGGUGCACUGGCGCAACGCCGCCUUUGCCUCCGACUCGUCGUCGCGCAGCGUCCUAAUGUCCGGCCUCGUCGUCUUUCUCUCCAUCUUCUUCGCCGUCUUCUUCCUCGCGGCCGUGCUGCAGAGCAUCAUCUUUCCGUUUGCGCAGGGCGGCGUCGACAUUGCCCAGUGGCCAUGGCACUUCAUUAAAGAGCAGCGCAGCAACGGUCAACGAUACAGCCAGCUUCCGCGCACCUCGUCGCCCGCCGAGCUGUCGUUGGAAAAGGGACACUACCCAUGGCACCACGACUCGGCGUCGCAAUGGAGAAUCCACUGGGCGCCGCGUGCGCUCUGGACCGUCGCCAUUCUGAGUGAGGUUUUGGCGCUUCUCGUGCGGCCUUCCAUGGGCUCGCUGACGUAUAUAUCGUGGACGACACCGCUGCUCCCGUUUGUCGACUUCAAGGAGUCAGCCUCUAUCCUGCAGGCCCUGCAGCCAGUGUAUCGCGCCGAUAUAAACGCGCUGUACGACAACAAGACUGCGCUUGACCACCCGGUCCCUUUCGACUGGCUCCCGCGCGAUACAGUCUUGCCCGGUUUCGAAGACUGGUAUCAGACGGAUGGUCAACACUAUAAUGCGGCCGCUGAUCCGCUCAGGAUAUCCAACUUGGAGGAAGACGUUCUAUCAGACCUGAAACAUGCGCUUUCGAAAGUUUCCAUCAAGCACAUCAUGGUUGUUGUGCUCGAGAGCACGAGAAAGGACGUGUUUCCGAUCAAGAAGGAGGGCCUAAUCUGGAACCGAUUCACCGAGACAUACGGAACCCAUAAGCAACUACCCGACGCUGCGGCGAAUCGACUCGAGACGUUGACACAGACCGCGAAGCAUCUCACCGGCGACUUUCAGGACGGCUUCUCCUCCGCCGCCGGCCAGCAGAAAAAGGGCCGUGGAGGCAUCAACUUCAACGAUGCGUUUUCCUCGGCCACAUAUACCCUCAAGAGCAUGGUCGGAAUCAUGUGCGGCGUGUGGCCCCUCGUCGCCGACCUCAACCAGGAAUACCUGCACCACAUCUACCAGCCGUGUCUCCCGCAGAUUCUCGAGGCCCUCACGCACAUCGACAACGAGACAAACGCCGCCACCGCACAAGACGCUGGCUCCAAGCGCUCCAAGUGGCGGUCGCACUUUCUCCAGUCCAUCACCCUCGGGUUCGAUCACUCGGACCUCGGCACCGCGCAGUUUGGCUUCCCGCGCGAAAACAUCAUCGACUCGCGGUACCUGCGCUCCGAAGCCGCCAAGUUUGGCGCCGUGCAGCUGCCCGACAUCAACUACUUUGGCUUCGAGGAGCCGCCGCUGCUCGACUACAUGCGCGACGCCUUCUCCUCGGCUAGGCGGGACAACGAGCGGCUGCUCCUCACGCACGUCACCAGUACGACGCACCACCCGUACAAGAUGCCCGCCAACGAGACGGUAGUGCCGCUCGGCCGCGGGAGCCGCCUGCAGCAAAUGUCCGACUACGUCAACAGCGUCGGCUACGACGACCGGUGGCUCGGCCAGAUCCUGCAGCUGCUCGACGAGGAGCAGGUCGCCGACGAGACGCUCGUCGUCUUUGUCGGCGACCACGGCAUAUCGCUGCCGGAAAACGACAAGCCCGCGUCGUACUACAACCCCAACACGGGCUGCAACCACGUGCCGCUCGUCUUUUCCCACCCGCAGCUCCCCGUCAUGGACGUCUCGGGCUCCGUGAGCACCAUGGAGAUUCUGCCCACCAUCCUCGACCUCCUCCGCGAGACAGACUCCCUCACGACUGCCGCCAGUGCGGCCGCGGGCGAUCUGCUCGCCAACUACGAGGGGCAGUCGCUGAUCCGGACCCUGCGCAACUCUACCGCCGUUCAGCGCCCAAGAGGGUCGGCCAAGAGCCCGGCGAGCGUGGAGGAUGACAUCAUGAGCAACUGGCAGUUCAUUGUCAUGAACCCCGGCCGCGCCAUGAUUGGCAUCCGCGACAAGCGCAGGAGCCACCUCACGCUGGUCGUGCCCGUCAUCAAGAAUGUGUUUUGGCGGUUCAACGAUCUGACGCGCGAUCCGAGGGACGUGAACCCCAUCGAGGCAUUCAGCUUUACGACAUUCUUGCAAGAAAUCGAAAACAAGUAUAGCAAAGUAGAAGCAGAGUGGGUUGAAGAAGCAGCAUUCGUCGUGCGGUGGUUUGUAGACGAAAACAACAAGAGAUGGCGGUAUGGAGAGUAUGCGCUGCCAAGCAACGCCAAGGACUCAUAA